AUGGUGAGAUAUGUAACAAUGAAACGUAUAACACAAAUUCUUGCGUCAAUUGUAUUCGUUAUUACAGUCGUAACUGUUUAUUUUGCGUUUGAUUUUGCAAUAAAUACUGCUAUUUCAAAUAAAGCUUCUUCUCAUAAACGUUCUCGUCAUGAACAUGGCCAUCAUGGUGGAGAUAAUCAUCCACAUGAUGAUAUUAGAAUGACAAAAAAACGUUCCAUAGUCCCAUCAACAUUGUCUCAUGCAAAGAAAUCUAAUCGAACAAUAAAACAUCACAAUGAUGAUGACAGUCAAAAUUUUAAUAAUGAACGUCGUGGCCGUACUGCGAAAGAAAAAACAAUAUCACCCGUACUUGGUGCUAAACCUGGUCAUUUUCAUAAAGGUAAAACAGGUGUUAAAGUGAAUAAACCACGAAAAAUUAUUGGAGAAAAACGGAAGCGUUUAACAACAACAACAACCGUGGCCGUUCGAAAUAAAGAUAUACAUAAUCCUGAUCGUAAAGUACAUGUUUAA